AUGAGGCCCUCACUGGCAAAUUCCUUUGCUCCCUUGGAAUCCUGGGAGAAUGGAUUGGAUUUCCCCCAAGAUGGCUGUUACUACCAAUAUCAAUAUUACAAUGAGGGCGACCAGAUCAAAACGAACGAACCUUGCCUGAACUGCACUUGCAAGAACCAGAUGCUCAUGUGCUAUCUCAAUGUGUGCCCGUUCAUCAAACCCGUGGGGAAAAACUGCGUGGUGGAAAAGCACGAGGAUCAAUGUUGUCCAACCAUUAUGUGCCCUCAAGUUCCGGUGGAACUUUGGACGAGUACCACAUUGCCUCCUCCAAUGUUAUCGGACGAGUCAGCGAUCUCGUCAACUUCCACUGAUGGUUUCAGUGUGAUCAGUGCCUCCGCGAACAUUUCUGCCCUCCCCAUGACUUCCAUCCCAGGCCAAGGUUGCAAUAUCAAUGACCAAUUUUACAUGGAUGGAAUGCAAAUCCCCAGAGAUCCCAAUAAUCCUUGUGAAUUGUGUUAUUGCAUUCGAAAUCACACUGCCUGCGUAAUGCAAGAAUGUCGACUAAAAGUCCCCGGAUGUGAGCCCAUCUUCCAAGAGGGUGUUUGUUGCCCAGUUAAAUACAUGUGCAAAGAUGGAAUUUACUUUCCCGGACAAGGCGGCCUAAUUGGACUUGAUGGAGAAACUGAAACCACGGCAUUGCCCGCCAAAAACGGAUGCUAUCAAAACGGAAAAUUCAUUGAAGAAGGAACGAAUAUUGAAACUCAGGACCCUUGUGAACAUUGCUAUUGUAUGGGAGGCGACAUCAUUUGUGCCAUUGAUCCUUGUAUGGGCGGACCCUUGGAAGGAGAAACUGACAACUGCAUUGCGCUUCCACCCCCAGAGGGAGAAUGUUGUACUAAAGAAUAUGUUUGCACACCAAAUAAUAUUACCGACAUCUUGGAUUCGGUGGCUACAACGACUGUUACCAAUGAUAUUGAUCAAAACACGGGAGACGAAAUAAUUCUACCUGAGAGCACUGAAGGAGAGGAGAAGGAGCCAACUGAUGAAAUUCAAGACGAUGAUGAUGAAGAUCUCCCCUUAGCUGGAUUUGAGGACAACGGUGCAGGAUCUCACCAAGGCCAAGGAUCGUCCACUUUGGUUCAAGACGGUAAUGAAGCUAACGUUACGGAAUCCUCAGAGGAGCCACAAUCCUCUGCUCAAGUAAAACCACUUGAUUCCUCGACAAUGACACCACCCGAAGAAGCUGAAGGAGACGAGGAUUCACCUUUGACCACAACCGAAGCAGGGAAAGAUAAAAACACUUGUAGCUUAAACGGAACAACUUAUGAUGAUGGUGCAGAUGUCCCGUCUCAAAAUCCCUGUAAUGGUCUUUGUCAAUGUUACAAGGGAGCCAUCAUUUGUGCCUCUGUAGACUGCCUGCCACCGCCUAAAAACCAUCUUGAUUGCAAGCCUAUUUACACGGAAGGUCAAUGUUGUCCUACCUACGAUUGUCUCGAGAUUUUGGAACAAGUUGACCCAGACGAGAUUUUAGACGAUGACUAUUAUUCUGAGGAUGAAGAGGCUGUUUCAACAUCAUCAUCGCCAAUUGGAUCAACUACUUCACAAGAGGGAACAACUUCAAACGAGGAAAUACAAACCACCACUGAAGGAUCAGAUGAGAUUGUAUCGACAACCGCUCCAACAACGUCAGUUGUGACCGAUGGCGACCAAGAGAUUUUCGAAAAUUCAAGUGAUAAGAACGCAACCACUUCAGUCCCAUUGGUAACCACCCAAAGCUCCACAAUGCUGGCUGAAGGUCAAGAACAAACUGAAAGUGACUCAGAACAGAGCUCUACAGACAACGUUAUUCCUGAUAGUACCACAACAUCAAGCGAUUCAGUGGAACUCGGGGACCAACAAAAUGACAGCGUCACUCAAGGUACCACGGUCUUAGUUGGAGACAACGACAUUACCGAUAACUUGGACAACGUCGAAACGAUCGUGACUACCUCGUCGUCCCAAAUUACAACAAAUGAAGAAGAGGCGACAACAGUCCAAUCUCAGACAUCAAUUGAUGGGGAAAUUCAAGAUGAUGACGCUAGUGAUGGAAUAGAUACUGAGCUUACGAACCCCGAAGAAACAAGUUCCAACGAGAGUGUUGGAUCAACCACUCUUGAUUCACUUUCAACUACUGGCCAAGAAUUGGAAACCACAACAGUUACCGGUACCUCUACAACCGCAGACGAUUUGGAACAAGCUUCUAUUGAAGGCGUUCAAUCAACAACUGCAGCUUCCGCAUCCGUUGAUGGAGAUAUUUCAGAAGAUGAUGCUGACCACGGAGUAGAGUCGAAGCCUGUUAAACCUGAGGAAUCUAUUGGAAGUGAAUCAACCACUCAAGGUCCCGAGAUGACUUCCGAUGGGUCUGAAGCUUCUACUCUUGCGGAUGUACAAUUUACCACUCAGAAUUCGCAAGAAAUUCCUAGUGGAGAAAUUCAAGCGGUCACAGAAGGUUCGACAACCGUUGAUGAGGAAAUUUUUGAUGAUGACACAGAUGAAAUCGAUUCUGAGGUCGUAAAACCCGACGGAAUUGGUUCCGAAGACUCGCUAGGACCAAAUGAAUUGGAAGAGUCUACAUCUACUGAAAGUGCUGCAUCGACCACUCUCAGUUCCCAAUCAAGCACGGACCAGGAAUCGGACGUCACUACAAUUGAAGACACAAUUUCGACGACUGAAUCCAAUGCAUCUUCUGUCGAAGGGACACUAGAUGACAAUGAGGACGACGAGACACCUAAACCCGUUAAACCACAAGGCACUGAUUCUAAUGAAGAACCCGAUUCAGCUACCGCUGAUUCUCCACUCAAUACUGAUCAGGAGUCGACUUCAGUUGGCGACGCUCUUUCGACUACGGCAAGUCCCCAACAAUCUUCCACGGGAGACUCGCCAACAACGACCGCAGCCUCAGCAUUCGAUGCUGGAGAGAUUUUGGACGAUGACGCAGACUACGAUAAUGAGAGCGAGGCCCUAAAGCCAAUAGAGGCUAGUCCAAGUGAAAGUUUUGGAUCAACCACUACUGACUCUCUCAUCACAACUGAUCAAGGUUCAGUGAGCACCACAACGGCAGAUAUUGAAACAACCACAGAAGACUUGGAACAAACUACUAUUGGAGACAUUCCUUCAACCACUGGAGCUUCCGGAUCAGUUGAUGAAGAGACCAUGGAUCAUGACGCAAAUGAUGCAACAGAUGAAGAGUCGGUAAAGCCUUCGGAAUCCAGUUCUAGUGAAGGCCUUGGAUCCACUACUGUUGAUUCAAUAUUCGCCAAUGACCAGGAAUCUGAAAUCACCACCAUCAUUGGAGACACUGAUUCAACUACUUCUAGUUUGGAUCAAAUUGCAAUGGAGGCAAUUCAAUCAACAACUGGAGCUUCAGCCUCAGUUGACGAAGAUAUCUUGGAUGAUGACACCGACGAAGCGAUUGUAAAACCUGCACCAGGAUCUAGUUCCACUGAAGAUUCGAUUAUAUUUACCGAGCAACCAUCAGAAACUACAACCAUGGGCAACAUCGUGUCAACCACGGAUGGUUUGGAUCAAACUACAAUGGAGGCAAUUCAAUCAACAACCACAGCUUCGGCCGGUAUUGAUGGGGUGAUCGUGGAUGAUGACACCAAUGAAGAGACUGAGUCAAUAAAACCUACUGAACCCUCUUCCAGUGAAGAGCUUGGAUCAACUACUACCGGCGCCGUAUCAUCCAGUAGUGACGAGUCGGAAAUCGAUACUGUUGAGGAUAACGUCUCCACCACCGAAGGUUUGGAACAAACUUCUACUGGCGCUUCGACUAUCAUUAAUGCAGAGCCAAUGGUCGAUGAAAUGGUAAAUAAUUCCAUCUCAGAGUCCUUGAACACGACUGGAUCGAGCAUUUCCAGUGAAGGAACAAACAUGGACGAUUCUCCCCAAACCACCAACCAAGAAGUUGAAUCAACUACCGUUUCAGACACGUAUUCUACAACAGAAAAUUUGCAACAAGUUUCCACUGGGGUUCCCCAAUCCACAACUGCAGCAUCAGCGUCAAUUGACGGAGAAAUCCUGGAUGAUGAUACGGACAAUGAAACGGAUUUUGAAUCUGAGACACCCACUGAAUCUAGUUCCACAGAAAAGGGAACAGUACCCGAUUCUGUCUUGAAUGUGGAUGAGGAGAAUGAUACUAUAACCACUGAGAGUUCUCAACUUUCUUCCACUGAAGAAAUUGAAUCAUCCACUGGGACUGCUUCAUUAUCCACGAUUGAAGAGACUGACCAAGCCAUGAAAACCGAAAGCCCUGAAAUCACGACCAUUAGUCAAUCAACCACCUCAUCCCCGACGUCAUCUAUCUUGGGAGAAAUAAGCGGAGACCAGGAGGAAGAGUUAUCUACAUCAACAACUUCAGCGGAUGAAACAACCGCACAAGGAACCACGUCUUCGCCAAUGGAACCAGCCAUUCAGGUUUCAACCUCAUCAGAAUUGGAGGAUCUGCCUUCUGACUUUGACAUCUUAGACGACGACUCUGACAAUAAUGACACUUCAAUUAUCUCGACAACCUCAGAUUCUAUAUUCUCGUCUGUCCCUUCCAACCUCUCUACCGGAGAAUUUGAAACAACAAUGGGAUCGAUUGAUUCCACGACAAACGUCCCCGACUCAACCACGAAAGACAUGGCAGCCUCCUUCAACGACUCCAAUGAUUUUGUUUCGACAACGACCUCAUCUGACUUGAGCACACCCCUUCUAGAAUCGGAUGACAAUGCCACCACUGGCGCUCCUGAUAUGACCACUGGCGCUCCUGAUAUGACCACUGGCGCUCCUGAUAUGACCACUGGCGCUCCUGAUAUGACCACGGCUUCCGUUGAACUUAACACCAACAAGACCGUUGACUCAAGCACUUCAGAUUCGACCAUUGUUCCUUCCGAUUUUUCCAAUGACUUUGACUUAACAGCCUCUAGCACAACUGUUUCAAUGAUUAGUUCAAUGGGCACAGACUCAACGGUUAGCGGCGGAAUAGAAAGCACAACUGUUGCAAUUGAUUCCAUGGCCUUUACCAAUGAUUCGAACACUGAAGUUCAGGAAUCAACCACACUAUCUGCAAUGGAGAUAACCACGGCCUUUCAAGAUAUGUCUGGCUCAAAUGCCACCAUUAUUGACUUGACAUCAUCUACUCCCACAUUACCAAUCAGCGAUCAAGAUGAAACCAAUGCAGAUGAAAUUCCGGAUAAUGAAAAACCCGAUCAAGAUGCAAUUGUGUUCCCUGACUCUGCUAAUUUGACAAGUAUUACCAGCACUGCUUCCACAACAUUGGGGCAGGGGGACACCACUCCAGGAUCCAUUGAUAUAACAACUGCAGUACAACAAGGACUUCAACAAACCUCGACGGAAUCAUCGGUGACAAAUGCCAGUAUUGACACCAGUCUCUCUUGCUUGCUCUUUAACAAUUGCAAAAAUGCCACUAAUUCAGAACCAGAGGCACUUGCUAGCACUGUCAACAAGACCGAGUCCAUUAACGGAACCGAUAUUUCCACAGAGGGAGAGGGUAGUGGAUUACUUUGCUUGCUUUUCAAUAACUGUAAUGGGACUCUCAAACCCGCUGAAGGGAGUGACAAAUUGGACUCGAACGUUGUGGAUAACUCAACCGUUGUUACUUCCGACUACUCCGACAUUCUAGACGAUGACAGCGAGUACAAUCCGGACGAAAUUUUAGAUGACGAAGACGGGGAGUCUAUUGACUAUAACCAAGACGAAUGUGUCGUCAAAAAUGAAACUUAUGGAAACUUUGCCGAUGUUCCAAGCGAGAACCCUUGCGAACUUUGCUAUUGCAACUAUGGCCACGUCAUUUGCUCAACCCAAAUCUGUGAGCCCCCGCAAGGGUUCGAAGACUGCACUCCUCUAGAGACGAAGGCCAAUGAAUGCUGUCCAAGGCAAUACGACUGUGCUGCACCAUCAUUGGAGACCUCAACGGUCACCGUUACAGUUGGCCCAAGUGGUGAGGUUGAAAGUACCACAGCUGCGACUGGAAUUCCUGGUGAAGGCAAUUGUCUACAGAAUGGCAUUUCAUUCUCCAACGGAUCAACCGUGCCCCUGAGUAAUAAGUGCCAUGCCUACUGUCUUUGUGUAGACAGCGAAAUUAAAUGUGAUCGAAUUCCCUGUCACCCGGCUCCAGACGUGCCUGGAUUAAAAUGCGAAGAAUUCCUUAUUGAAGGAGAAUGUUGUCCUUCUCAUAAUUGCGUCUCCGCAGAGUCUCCGGUAAUUGAGGCUGGAUCUUCGAUAACGACCUCCGAGUUGGAGCAACAAGCAAACAUGACAAGUAACGAGGAUGACACCGUCGGUACCACGGAAGGAAUCAUGACAACUACUUUCUCUUCCGUUGAUGCUAGCAGUGUAGGACCUGAUACCCCAGACUCACAAGACGAAAACGUCACUGAAAAUGUAGACCAACAAACACCCAUCGUAGUGUCCUCAACUGAAGAAGCCGUUUCAGAAGGAAGUGACGCAACCACAAUGCUUCCAUUGGAUGAGGCGGAAACUGAAGAUGAAGCAAUUGGCCAAGAAGAAUCUACUACAGAAUCAUCUUUAGAUCAAGAAACAAAUGCUAAUGAUUUGACAACUGUUGGACCAUCAUCAACAAUGUCGUCUGAUAUUGAAAAUGAGCCAGACAAACCUACCACAAUGGAGACCAAUGAUCAGGAAGAUAUUGUAACGGAAUCCACCCUGGAACAAGAACUACUUGAAAUCGAGGUCUCCACUAUGAAGCAAGAUCAACUUACAGAAUCAUCUACUGGGGAACCAUCUACAGGUACUGCCGUAUCAGUGACUGAUGCACCUGGAACAGAAGCCGGAACAGACACAGAUAGCUCGAGUACCAUGUCCUCACCCAUUGGAGAUGUUGAAGAGGCUGUAACAACGGAGUCAGAUGGCGUCACAGAAUCUGGAACUCAGUCAUCUGUUGGCGAGGAUGAAGCUCAAGGAACAGGAGCUCCAGCAGACACAGAUAUGGAAUCAACAACAAUGACUUCUGAUGAAAUUGAGGAGGAAUCUGGGACCAUGGCAUCCGUUGUCGAGGUUGAUCAAGGAUCAGGAACUACGUCCUCAACAGACAUCGACGAAGAAUCUGGGACCACAACAGCAGUGGGUGUUGAAGACGCUUCGACCACCGAGUCGUCCGUUAAUAUGGAAGUAGAGUCUGGAACCAUGACAUCAGCUGAUAUUAACGCUGGAGAAACAACGGCAGCUAAUGAUGAUGAAUCUGUAACCAUUUCUUCAAUUGAUACCGAAGACGACUCUGAGACAACAACUGCUAUUGAUAUUGUAGGGGCUGGAACUGAGGCCCCAGUAGAGGAUGAAAUUGGAUCUGGAGUAGGAUCAGUAACAACCGUGCAAUCAACUGAUUUGGACCAAGGAUUGGGAACAACUUUGCCAUCAGUUGAUUUAGAAGAAGGAACUGUAACAACUUCGUCACCAACUGAUUUGGAGGAGGGAUCUGGAACUAUGGCAUCAAUUGUUGAUAUGGAGGAAGGAUUGGUCACAACCUCGUCAUCAACUAAUUUAGUGGAAGGACCGUUAACGACCUCGUCAUCAACUGAUUUGGAGGACGGAUCUGGAACUAUGACAUCAAUUGUUGAUAUGGAGGAAGGAUCUGGAACUAUGACAUCAAUUGUUGAUAUGGAGGAAGGAUUGGUCACAACCUCGUCAUCAACUAAUUUAGAAGAAGGACCGGUAACGACCUCGUCAUCAAUUGAUUUGGAGGAGGGAUCUGGAACUAUGACAUCAAUUGUUGAUAUGGAGGAAGGAUCUGGAGCUAUGACAUCAAUUGUUGAUAUGGAGGAAGGAUCGGUCACAACCAUGUCGUCAACUGAUUUAGAAGGUUUGGUAACAACCUCGUCAUCAAUUGAUUUAGAGGAAGGAUCUGGAACUAUGACCUCAAUCACUAAUAUGGAGGAGGGUGCAUUAACUACAUCGCAAUCCAUUGAUGUUGAAGGACUUGCAUCAACACCCACGGUCAAUAUCGAGGAAUCUGUGACAAUGUCUUCAAAUGAAAUUGAGGAGGGAAAUGGAACAACUGAAGGACAAGAAACCGAAGCCGAUAUCGAGUCCACAACGCUGUUGCCCCCAGGCCAAGGUGAAUUACCCGGAUCCUCUUCUGUUGGAACCGAUAGUGAUGAAUUGUCAAUGGAGUCAUCCGGAGAUCAGGAUAGCCAAGGGGAAGAAGCUGACAGUGAGUCUACAACGGUAUUAGAUGGUAUUACAACCACAAACCCAUCCUUUGUUGCAAACGCAACUGAUUUGCCGGAGCCGGGAUCAGAACAAUCUUCAAUCUCUACCACACAACAGCCGAUCGACCAAGACAAUGUGGUCACUUCAACGACAAUAGCGUCUGGAACCAUCGAAUAUUGUCUCUCUAAUGGCAUGGUAAUUCAGAACGGAAAAGACGUUCCCACAUCUGACCCUUGCAAACUUUGCCAAUGCGUUGACGGCGAUGUGAUUUGCGCCGUUCGAGAAUGCCCAGUUCCAGAGGAAUUUAAGAACUGCAGAGCCUUGCCAAUUCCAAGGGAUGAGUGUUGUCCUCAAUACACUUGCGAUGAAAUUUUGGACGAUGACGCAGAAAGUGAUUAUGACUACGACUUGAACAAUCAAAAUAUGAACGUAACAGAAACAACGACCACGUUGGGAUCAAUCACAUCUGACUCUAAUCAAUCUUCAAUCACCAGCACAAGCAGGCCCACUGAACUUAACUCUACCCAAGCAUCAGUUACUGAUGACGGCAGCCUAAUUGGACUGAUUGAGGAUAUUUUAGAUGCUCAAGCCCAAGUUUCAAGCACCCAAAGCCCAUUGGACAAAAUCGAUGUCAAUGACACCAUAACAGCCGACACUCAAGCAUCCACAGGCGUCAAUGAUCCUAUCAUAUUCCCUGACACUGAAUCGAGCACCAUUAGUUCCUUGAAUGAAGAUGCAAGUUCAAGUAUUGCAUCAACUACAAUUGUAGACACAAUCAAUUCCACUAUGCAACUCACCGAUUCAGAUGCUGUUGUCACGGAGGACCCUGACACUUUGUUGUCAACGACGGAAACCACCAUUGGAACAAACGGUACUACUGUCCAAGGUGGUUCUUUGUCAAACUCAACCCAGGAUACAAUUUCCACUACCACAGCUCCAGAAAAAGAUGACUCCCUGUUGACAUCAACUAGCAAUGAUGGCUUGGUUACAACCACCAUCAUUCCUAGCGUCAAUAUUACAUCAGGCAUCUCUUCUAUCAACACAACAGAAGACACAUCUGGAUUAGUGAAUUCCACCACUUUACCAGAAUCAGUUACAGGGACUACACUUGAUGAAAUUCAAACUCUAACUACCACCGAUGCUUCAUCAAUCAACAUGACGCAAGCAAUCGGCUCUGAUGGACCAUUCGAAGGUGAAGGAGCUACGGAGGCCAUCACAGAGGUUCCAACUUCAACUACAGUGUUAAGCAAUGACUCGACGAUGGCGUCAGUUUCUGAAGCAUCCGAGGCAUCGUCGACGGCAACCAGCAGUGAGAUUGCUCCAGCUAACACAACGACUACGCCUGCCACGACCACUACAUCCGUCAUUGGAACAGCCAGUAGCGAUGUUCUUGGAGAAUCAGAUCCCCAAUCAUCAGCAUUGGCUGGAACAGAACAAUCCACGUCUGAAGACGAGGUUUCAUUAGACGAUUACGAAAACUAUGAUCAAAUCAGUCUGGACCAGAUUGGACCAGGUGCCUGUCUCUUUGAUGGCAAAAUCUAUGUGUCAGCCCAACAGAUCCCUCGUGAAAAUCCUUGCGAUUUCUGUUUCUGCUUCCGAGGCGAUAUCAUUUGUCUUCAACAGAGCUGCCCUCCUCCCAUUCCGGGUUGCAACCAAGAACCCAUUGAGGGUUUCUGCUGCCCCAGAUAUGAAUGCCCAGUCAAAAUGGGCCUCAUGAAUGUGACUACCACUAUUGCCCAAGAACCACCGUCUUUUGUUCAAUGGCUCAUGGGCAAUGGCGGCGCCGAUGAAGGUGAAGAGGAAGAGGUCACCGAGCAAGUCCGAGGCUGUGAAAUCCAAGGCAAUUUCUACGAAAGAGGUGCUAUCGUGGAAUCGGCGUCAGGUCCCUGCUUGCAGUGCAGAUGUGGCUAUAAUGAAAAGCUCGAAUGUGAGCCUCAACCUUGCGAACCAGCGCCUUUGAUGAAACGAAUGCUGACCCUAAGGUAGAGAGAGAACGUGUGAGAUUCAUCUUACAAUGGACCCAAAAUUCAGCAAAAAAAUUCAAGAACAGCAACACCUAUGCCCAACUCUGUAAAUAACGAAACGCAACAAAGAAUCCAUUUACGCCAAUGGAUCUAUUAUUACUCGCAGAUGACCUGGCAAUUGCUGGGCGAAGAUUUGGGUGUCUGGAACACAUGAUCUCGAAACCAUCACGGCCAUGCAGGGUGGGAGCUAAUAUCAUUCCAGAAGCAGCUAGCCAUUCGUUUCUUGCAAACCUGAGUUUGCCUUACAUAAUCAAAGCCACUACACAUACACACACACACACACCUUGUACUCCCAAAAUGAAGAGCGACAAUGACCAUGUCAAUUGAUUCUUCCUUGUCUACCCCCUAUUCCUACUUCAAUCCCCCCCCGGUUUAGAGUAAAGAGAAAUGGAUGAGUCCGUCUGAAACACUGAUGAGCUUCCGUCGAAUAAAUGAAGUAUGCCAUGAUGAAAAGGUGCCAAAACUCCCACAAAUAUAACCCCUCUGAAGCCCUUAGCAUUCUUGUAAAGCAUUCAAACGAUUACAAAACACAUUCGGCCACAUUGAUUGUUAUCAAAUAUCACACUGACAUCGCUCAAUUUGUAGUGUAUCCUCUAUUUACAAAUAUUCCCCAUCGGACGUUUUUGGAAUGUAAAUUCGUCUUUUGGACUGUCUGGGCAAUUAUAAGUCAACAUUUUCUACGUUUUUCAAAACCCUUUGUGAGGGUGAAUAACAAGUUGGUUUUGGGAGUAUUACACGGCAGAAAGUGCAACAUUUCCAAGUUGACUCUUGUUCCCUUCACACACACUACAUUUCUCCCCAUUCCCCCUCCCUAAUCUCACAUCAAAAUGUUGAUGAGAAUUUACAAGUAUUCAUUCAAGUACUACGUACAUUUCGGAGUGCCUUUUAACCAUGAUGUAAACUUUGUAGACCAUGAAAGUGAACACAUAUUUUACUAUGAUAUCAAACAUUAUCAACUAGGAAUAAAUCUCUAAAA